GAUUUACCAUUGUUACUUAUAAUCUAAUUCAGAUUUUUUGUUAAGAUUUUAAACCACUUGCUUAUCAAACCUUGGCUAUGUCUAUAUAAUUUCAUAACAUAACAUAUAUAAUUUCCAGCAGAGAUAACCGUAUGGUGAUAUAAAAGGACUGGAAUAGAUUUACCGCCUACUAGCUUGUACACUUUGAAAGCAGUUUCUCCUACACUGUUCAGCAAGCUAAUAAUACACCAGUGAGCGUUAUCAUCGGGCUUCAUGACACACCGUACCAAACCCAGAGUCUCGUCAGCAGAUUUCAGCUCAUGUUUUAUGGGCGACACAUUCCUGACACAAUCCGCCAUCGGUCGGCAUGCGAGGAAUGCUGUCCAGAUUUGUUCAUGUAAAUGCCUGGCUUUGUCUCAUCUCUUCCUGUUGCUCCCAAGCAGUGGCUGCUGGGAACAGAUGUGUGAAGAGGCUUUGUAUUGGAGUUGUGGGAACGCUCUCACAGUCCAUCUUCCUGUGUUUUUCAGUGUCCAUGUGUACGGCCGUCUGUAAGAAGAAUCCUCCGCCUAUUCCUCCUCGCACCACCUCCAAACCCUACAUCUCGGUGACGGUGCAGAGCAGCACUGAAUCGGCCCAGGACACGUACCUGGACAGCCAGGACCAGCGCAGCGAGGUCAACAGCCAAUCAGGACGCAGCAACUCCUCCGACAGCAUCGCCAGCUCUCGGACAGGAAGUCUGGUCAAGGCCAAGCGGCUCCCCAUCCUUCCUCCCAUCCCCACCCCGCGGGAACCCGUGCCCAUGCCCAGCGCCAGAGUGACCACGCCUCCUCCUGCAGUCGCUCCGCCCUCUCCAGCCCCGGAUGAUAGAAACGAUCCCACGAGCCUCAGUGUGGCACCUGGCGAACCGCAAGCCCUGCCCAAAAGAAAACUCUCGUCCAUUGGCAUUCAGGUGGAUUGUGUGCAGCCGAAUCUGAAAGAGGAGCAAACUCCCACCACCAGGUUCCAGUCCAUCGGGGUUCAGGUUGAAGACGGCAGGCCACUCAGUCGCUUCACUAGCAUGGCGUCUAGACAGGAGACGACGGAGGCCGAAUCCCAGGAGCAGUCUGACGGUAAACCUUCGGAGAACAGGACGCUUCACCAGUCUCUGGACGGCUGCAGCUUUCACCGAGCUCCCCGCACUUCGUCCUCGCUGCAGGAGGAGCUGGAUCCGGCGCUGGACCCGUCCUCUCUCCCUCCCCCCGACCCGUCUCUGCAGGCUGGGAGCGUGAACGGAGCCGUGGAGCAGCCCGGGGGCCCGGCGUGCCUCAGGGACGGACGCUGGUUCCAGAAGCUUCUUCAGGCCGAGACGGAGCGCAUGGAGGCCUGGUGUCAGCAGAUGGAGCACGAGACCAAAGACAAAGCGCUGUCAGAGGACGUGUCGGGGAAGGUCCGCAGUGCCGUCGGCAGCGCUCAGCUCUUAAUGUCUCAGAAGUUCCAGCAGUUUCUGGGUCUCUGUGAGCAGAACCUGGAUGCGAGCGCUCAGCCGCGGCCCACAGCGCAGGAUCUGGCCGGCUUCUGGGAUCUUCUGCAGCUCUCCAUCGAGGACAUCAGCCUGAAGUUUGACGAGCUGCACCUCCUCAGGUCCAACGACUGGAAGAUGUGCGAGACCCAGGACAAAAAGGAGGAGAAGAAGUCGGCUCCGUCCCACACACCAAAGAAGACGGUGAAGGUCAAACCCAGCGGAGGAAAGGAGAAGAGCAGCGACUCGCUCGCCGACAAACAGCGGCAGGAGGCCAGAAAGCGACUGAUGGCGGCCAAGCGAGCCGUUUCUGAACGACAGAACUCUGCCACCGAGAGCGCCGAGAGCAUCGAGAUCUACGUCCCCGAGGCUCAGACGCGGCUCUGAUACACGAAGCAGACGCUCGGGGUCUGUGUGGCCAACGAGCAAAACAUACUAAAUAAAAAGAGCAUUUGACCGCUGCCACAGAAGAACCCCUCCCACUUGACAUUGAUUUAUAUGGUUACUCUUGUAAUAAUUCUAAAUGUUAUAAAAGUUAAUAAUUAUCUCAUGGAUAUAUAUAUAUAUCUAUCAAGACUCGGUCUGUAAAUGUGCUGAUAUCGCUGAUGAAAACACACGCGUCACACGUCACAUGACCCCACACGUCACAUGACCCCACAGCAUGCGCUCAGGAUCCCGCACGUGUGUUCCUCGUCUCUCAUCAGCGCAGUCUUCCUGUUCUCACCAAGAUUUUUGAUUUCCUCUUCAUCCACCGGUUUUGGAGCACGGAUGCGUGACUCUUUCACUUGAAGGGAAGGUUUGGACGGUACUACGGAUACUUGAAGUGGUAAAAGAGAUUUUUGCACUCCACUAGUUGGGUUUGAUUCCCUCCAGUAAUCAAAACUCCUUCAGCUUGUUUAAUUUGUGCACGAUCCAUCGAUCCGUUUCGGUUUAUUUAAUAGGGUUUAAACAUGAGCACUCGGCUUUGUUUUUACGAUGAAUGUUUUAAUAACUCAAUGACAAUGUCCCGAUUUUUUACUUGGGCCAACGGUGUGUUAGUUUUGUACUAUUAUUAUUAUUAAUGUUAUUAUAAUUUGAAAGCCUUCAGUUGUGUUUUUUAGUUGUCUAGUCCUUCCAUGUGUUUCCGAGCGCUCGGUUUCCGGAUGAUUUGGGAUCGGUUCCAGUCUGUGUGUGACCAGUCAGAUCCGAAAUGUUUUUAAUGAUUAUUUUCUCUCCGAUAUUAAAAUAUUGAGGCCGCUUUCAUUAACAAAUCAUUUGUUUGUCAGAGUUUAUUAUUGAUUAUAAGUAUUAAAGAAAUAGUUGGAAAUACACUCUCCCUCAGCUCAUCCAAAAUGUAUUUGAGUUGUAUUUGAGCAUCAGUGUCUCAGCAAUGGAUGCUGUGCAGUGAAUGGGUGCCGUCAGAAUGAGAGUCUAAACAGCUGAUAAAUACAUCACAAUAAUCCACAGCACUUCAGUUCAUCAGUGAACAUCUUCAAACUAUUGCCACUAAACCAUAAUAAUGCUUUCUAAAAAUCUAAUCUGAUGAAAAAAACUAACUCCUCUACAUCUCAGAUGGCCUGAGGGUGAGAACAUUUGCCAGGAACUGUUAAUUUGAGCGAACUAUUGAGAUCUGAAGGACAUUUCCGUCUGUAUCCUACAUUGAAGAUCGCUGCUGGAUCACAAGAAUGUUUCAGAAGCUUGAUUUUCACACUUUGUUCAGACUUGCUUUAGUUUGGAUUCAACAUGUAGACAUCUCUUCCAUUUGCUGAUAUGAUGAUGGUGACUGAGGCAUGAACAGUUCUUCAUCCUGGACUCACUCUGAAAACACUACCAUCGGGUUGAAGACGGCUUUUGGGUUUUUAAUAUUUUGCUGGAUACUGGUGCACAACAUGUAAACGUCUUCCCAUCAAUUAAGUUGAUCCAAAGUGGCAUUGAAUACAUUUACUAAAUUUCUGUUUUAAAUAAUUGCUGUUUUUUGGAGCCUACAAUUCAUCAAAGAGUCCUGAAAACAAAGUUAGAUUUUUUUCCACAAAAAUAUGAAGCAGCACAAAUGUUUUCAUUUAGAAAUGCAAAUCAGCAUAUUAGAAUGGUUUCAGAAAGAUCAUUUGAAUCAUUAAAAAAAGGAAAACAAUUAAUUAUUUCACAUUUUUGACCUUUUAUGAGUGUGUGUGUGUGUGUGAGAGAGAGUUUUCCAUGCACUGAUUUUCAAUCAAUCUGAAUGGAUCUAAUGCAACUUUACUUUCUUAAAGUAAUUGUAUAUGUAUCCUUAACUAAAUUUUGGUGUAUGUUCACCAGAAAAUAACUGCGAGCCUAAGUGGCGUUUUUCCUUAGAUCCCAUAUUUGAAAAUUAGUCUGAAACGCAUUUUUUUUUUUUUUUUUGCAAAAAUUUAGAAACAAUUAUGUCUCCUCCAUUGAGCAGUUCGUACGGCGUUGAUAAAGUUAGAAACCAAAGCUCUGCUCAUGUGUGCAAUGUUUUUUGACUCCGAUUGAGAAAGUAGUUGCAAUCAUAUGUAUACAUGGCUAAUAAUUUUCUGUUGUUCAUCGAUCUGAUUAUUGAUGGAUCAUUAGAUUUGCAUGUGUUCAUCCCUGAUGAAAACGCCUCCACAACUAAAGAUACCGUAAUUGGCUGAACUGUGUAUUCAACCUGUGCUGGAUCAUGUGUUUUGUAAGGGAAGGGCUUUAUGAAAACAGACUGUUACUAGUUGAGUUCAAGUUGAAAUUGUGUGUAGUAUGUAUUUUAGGUUUGGGAGUAGUUUAGGGUCAUUGGGUUGUUUUUAGGCUAUUGUUGAUUGACCUUUGGGCUGGGUUUGUUACAUAGACUUGGCAACCCCAUCCAGUAGUCCAAGAGCACUUCAGUUUCCAUUAAAACCAACAUUAUUCCCAUUAAAACCAUUAUAAAUUCUGUGAGGGUUUCUGUUGUUUUCUUCAGCAGUGUGGAAGCGGAUGAAACUUGAAGCCUCGCACAAUCAAGUUACAAAUCGUGCCACUCUUAUGUUAAUAUUUUGGUGGGAAAAUCCCAAUUAUUAAUGGAUUUCCCAUUCAAAAUUCAAUUUGACAGGAGAUAAAAAAAGAGGAAUUUAAUAAAUAAUAAUCAAUCACUUCCAAAUAAUUACUAAAGCGUAAGCCUUUUCUGCUCUAAAUUAAAUUCUGCAUGGAUUUAAACAUGAUCAUAUUUUUUUAAGCAAAGUUGAACACUUCACAUUCAACUUCUGUAUUGAUUUCAACAUGUAAUGUUAUUACAGAUAUUAAUUUUGUUAAAUUUCUGGCCCAAUCCCAGCUCAGACUGCUCGGAUUCAAGAUUUCACACCAUUAAUUUGAGAAGUUAAGUAGCAUCCUAUGUUUUCUCAAUCAUCCGGACGAGGCGUGUGAACAUUACACAUCACAACAUUACAACUAUUACACUUAAGAUCCAGAAAACCAGGACUGGAUAUUUUUAUUUGUGUGCAUUUUGUAUGAUGAUUUGUGUGCAGAACUCGUAAACAGUAAGGAAUGUGGAAAAACAUUGUUAUUUUAAACAAUGCUGAUUGCAAAUUUAUUAAGUUUAUUAGCA